AUGAGUUAUGUUCAUAACAGAUCGAAUCCCUACACUAACACAUACAAUGCCAGUUGGAGACAGCACCCAAAUUUUUCAUGGAAUAGUCCAAGUUUGAAUCCUCCAGUCCAUAAGCAACAUGGAAACCCUAAUUUUCAACAACAACAUGCAAGCAGUUCUAAUUCUCAAAAUCACCAUCAUCAGAAUUUUCAAAGUAAUCAACCACCUUUUCAGACCAAACCACCUCCACAAUCUGAAUCAUCAUCUUCCUUGGAGGCUAUGAUAAAAGGACUGGUGGCUCAGUCCCAAGCACAGCAGCAAACGAUGAUUCAAAAUCAAUCGUUGUUCAAUCAACAAAGUGCUACCAUUAGAAACCUGAAAACGCAAGUUAGCCAACUUGCUCUUAAUCAGAAUAGUAGAACCCUUGGUACUUUGCCUAGUAACACGGAAGUCCCGAGAGAUCUAGGAAAAGAACAUGUGAAAGUAGUGACUCUUAGGAGUGGUAAGGAAUUAAUAGAGACCAUACCAAAAGAAAGUGAACAGCUUGUGUCUAAACCUGAGACUAUACCCAUGGUCCCUGUUACUGAAAGUCCACCAAAACCUUUGAAUGACCAACCUCCUAAGACCACCACUAUUGUUCCUCCUGAGUCGAACUAUCCUUUGUUAUUCCCAGAAGAAGUUGCUAGGAAAAAGCCAAUUGAGGAUGAGGUUAUAACAGGUCCAAAAACCAAAGUUGUAAUCCCAUAUGAACCUCAAGAAAGUAAGACCAAGACUCUAGGUACUCUGGACCCAUCUUGCUCAACACAACCUAACAAAGCUAUCAUAAAGCCAAUUCCUCUUUAUGUUCCUUUUCCCCAAAGGUUAAGGAAUCAAAAGGAAGAACUGCAAUUCAAGAAGUUUUUGGAAGUGUUUAAAGCAUUGUAUAUCAACAUACCUCUUGUUGAAGCAAUAGAGCAAAUGCCCAGUUAUGCCAAGUUCCUUAAAGAUAUUCUGAGUGGAAAGGAGAUUGGUAAAGCUUUGUGUGAUUUAGGAGCUAGUAUCAACCUUAUGUCCUUGUCUGUUUUCAACACCCUAGGCAUAGGAGAAGCUAGACCCACCAUUGUCACCUUGCAAUUGGCCAAUAGAAGCAUAGCUUAUCCAAAAGGUAAGAUUGAGGAUGUCUUAGUUCAGGUUGACAAAUUCAUCUUUCCGGCUGACUUCGUCAUCCUCGAUUUUGAGGCUGAUAAGGAUAUUCCCAUAAUCUUAGGAAGACCUUUCUUAGCCACUGGUGGAACUUUGAUUGAUGUCUAA